UAAGAGAAUAUAAAAACAAACUAAUCAAAGUAAUCAUGGAUUAAUGUGUAUUCCCUGUAUGUUUUAUUUUUAUUUAUAGUAUUUUUUUAUUGCAAAGAAACAGUUAGCUGGGAAAGAGUUAACUCCAAUGUUAACUAUCAUACCUACUUCUUCCAACCAAACUCACUCACACUCUUCCUCCAAUGGACUGAUUAAUGUACCCGUCUUCUUCCUGCCUUUCUCUCUCUCUUUUUUCAGAGUUUUUCCUUUAGCUACUUCAACAACUAAUUCCUCUGUUUAACACUACAUACCCCUAAAAUGGGACCAUGUGUUAGUUUAGAAUCAAUAUUGUAUAGAUCUCAAGUUAGCAUCAUUUUUUCACUAAUCACAGUAAUCAGUCACUUUAGAUAGUGAUUGCUUCUUCCAUACUAAUACUCCCAAGACUACCCAAUUCAAACUUCGCCUCCAAAUGUUUUUUCCAAGAUCUUUGUUGACGUCGUCGAAAACCCUUGUAUCGACUCAACAAAUAAAAGGAAACAAAAUCAAUACAAAAAUAACCCAAUAAUAGUCAAAUAAAUCUACCCUCAUUAACAAACUAAUUUUAUUCGGUUCUUUCCAAAAAAAAAUAAUGUCACUUGCUCUCGUCUUUCUGUGUAUGAUCUCCUUCCUGAGUUCUUCAAUGGCGCAGAAUAAUGAUGCAAAAGCAUUAUUAGCAUUGAAAGGUGAAAUUGAUCCACUAAAUAACCUUCCAUGGAAGAAGGGUUCCGACCACUGCACAUGGGAAGGUGUAAGGGAAUGCAAGAGAGGCCGAGUUUCAAAGCUCGUAGUCGAAAGCACCGCCCUCAGCGGUACCAUUACCGGCGCAACACUCUCACUUCUUGACGAACUCCGCGUCCUCAGUCUGAAGUCAAACAACUUAACCGGUCAAAUCCCAGACAUGUCAAAACUAGUGAAUCUCAAAGUGCUCUACCUCAACCUCAACAAAUUUACGGGACCAUUCCCGGCGUCUCUCGCAUCGCUGCACCGGCUGAAGAUAAUUAAUCUGUCGGAUAAUAAUCUAUCUGGGGAGAUCCCGGGAUCGAUUAAUCAGUUGCCAAGGCUGUAUAUGUUGUAUUUGGAUAAUAAUAACUUCAGUGGCGAAAUCCCACCAUUAAAUCAAACAACCCUUGCAUUCUUCAAUGUGUCAAAUAAUCGUCUUUCGGGAGAAAUCCCGAAGACAACAGCGUUGUUACAGUUCAAUAAAUCAUCCUUUCUAAACAAUAUAAACCUCUGCGGAACACAGAUUGGUAACAGCAAUGCAGGGUGUAACCCUCUUUCGCCGGCUUUAAGCCCGGCAUUGUCACUUCCUCCACUGAAGCAUCGCCAUCGCCAUCUCCACGGCCUCUCUCGUAGUGCAAAAAUUCUCAUUGGAGCACUGUGCGGCGGAACCGCCCUCAUUAUACUCAUCAUCAUACUGACAGUCCUCCUGUGUAGAAAGCGGAACAGGGGAGCCAGACCAAACAGGAAGGAAUCCCAAGCGGAGGAACAAACCGUAGUGGCAGUAGCGGCGACAGCGGAGAGGGAAAAGGGGGAGCCAUCCGGUGGCGGAGGAGAGAGAAAAGGAGGGUUUUCAUGGGAGGGUGAUAAGUUAGGGAAGUUAGUGUUUUUAGGUGAUCAAGUGAUGAAUUACAAUUUAGAUGAUUUGUUGAAAGCGUCGGCAGAAACGUUAGGAAGAGGUACAAUAGGAAGUACAUAUAAAGCGGUAAUGGAAUCAGGUUAUAUUGUGACUGUUAAAAGAUUGAAAGAUGCAAGAUACCCUAAAUUGGAGGAAUUCAAGAAACAAUUGGAGGUUUUAGGGAAAUUGAAUCAUCCAAAUAUUGUUCCUUUAAGAGCUUAUUUUCAGGCUAAAGAAGAACGUUUGUUGGUUUAUGAUUAUUUUCCCAACGGAAGUCUCUUCUCCCUUGUUCACGGUAAUAGACCUUCUGGAGGUGGAAAGCCACUACAUUGGACAUCUUGCCUUAAAAUUGCUGAAGACCUGGCAACCGGGCUUCUUUACAUCCAUCAAAACUUUGAACUAGUCCACGGGAACUUGAAAUCCUCAAAUGUCCUCCUUGGAUCAGACUUUGAGUCGUGCCUGACAGAUUAUGGACUUCAGUCAUUCAGAAAUCCAGAAUCCACAGAAGAACCUAGUGCCUCAUCCCUUUUCUACAGAGCUCCUGAAUGCAGAGACAGCAGAAGAUUGCCAACACAGCAAGCCGAUAUAUACAGCUUUGGGGUUCUACUACUAGAGCUAAUGACAGGCAAAACCCCAUAUCAAGACCUUGUUCAAGAGCAUGGGGCCGACAUUCCUAAAUGGGUUAGGUCCGUGAGAGAAGAGGAGACUGAGUCUGGUGAAGGUAGUUCAGGAAAUGAGACGUCCGAGGAGAAAUUGAGUGCUCUUUUGAAUAUUGCAAUGAUUUGUGUUGCUGUUAAUCCUGAUAGUCGACCUCAGAUGAAAGAGAUUUUGAGGAUGAUAAGAGAUACCAGGGCAGAAGCACAUGUAUCAUCGAAUAACAGCAGUGACCAUUCACCGGGAAGAUGGUCUGACACUGUUCAGAGCUUGCCAAGGGAAGAACAUCUGAGUAUUUGAGGAUUUGAUCAAUAUUGUCUCACAAAAUUGAUCUAUUAUGAUUUUGUUUAUAAAAUCAUAUUCUUCAGUUAUGGUUAGAGUUUUUGGAUGUAAAGCUUUCUUUUGGUUCUUUGUAGGUAAUUAUCUUUGUUCAUCCCCUUUUAGGUUAGCUACUUUAUGGUGAUGCUGAUUGAAUUGAAAUAUCAAAAUCACUCCAUUUCUAAAUGAAGCAUGUUCUCUGAGUACCUGAAAUUUAUUGGCUUAAUUAUGUACUCAGAAUUGUUUUUUGUUUAGCAUUGCCUACGUAAUUUGUUACACUGGUUUGGUUUUUGAGCAAGAUACAAGUACAUAUUUUAUUUUCCGGGCUAUUAGCCCUGUUAAACAUACAAUAUAUAGUGCUAUAAGAUAGGGUGAUUAUAACAGUCGACUUUCUUUCAUUAAGCAUCGAAAAAUAGAUUUAUUUAGGGUGAUUAGCUGUAACUUUAACAUGCAGCGUCAAAUCUUGCCAUCUCUUGUCUGUGUAACUAUUGAUGCCUUAUAUCCUGAACUUCUUGGUAUCACUGAGUCUAUUUCUGUAGUACAGAAUAACAGAAAUUUGCAUUUUUAAAAUACAUAAAAAGAACGCAAGUAUACAGAGUAUCUGACCAAACACUUGCCAAGUACGGAGUAUUGUAUUUGAAGAUAUCAUAUGACAUGCAAUUGGAGAUUGAACAAUAAAUGCCGCCUUCGUAGAUUUUAAACCCAGAUUAGUUGGGGUUCAUGGUUGACAUUUGACAAGUUAAUGUUUGAGACAGAAGAGUUCAAAAACUGUAACUCAAGACUCUGCAGAAUCCGAACUUUUCUCCAGGGACUAUAAAUAAGACAAUGUCUUCCCAACUGCCUAAUUGCCUAUCAAUACUGCCUGAUUGCCUAUCAAUUCAAUCAUCAAGCUUGCUCCUGAGUCCUGAGCGAACUAGAACACAAAGCAGGCUGUCUGAACAUGUUUAGACAGUUUAUUGUAAUGAACUAUAAUACUUCAACAUACAGCAGUACUUGAAAAUGGAGCAUAUGAAAGCAAUUGCCGGUGAUUCCAGUCAUGCAGGACUUGUGUUGCUAGUCUUGCUAGAAAUGAUCCAAACUCUACAGAUAUUUUUUGCUAGUUAGCUACUAGUAUAUUGGCACUUCUUUUGCUCUUCUUGUGUACUUUUGUGUUUUAUGUUCUGCUUGUAGGUAAUUUCUUCAGGCUAACAAAAUUCAAAGUAUACUUACAAAUGUUAUUUCUUCCAACAACAACAACAACAACAAGGCCUUAGUCCUAAAAUAAUUUGGGGUUGACUAACAUGAAUCAUUAUAAUGAACCUUACCAUAUACAAAAAUGGCAUAACCAGCCUCAAAAAGUGAAUCAUGAAACAAGCAAAGAGUAGAAAUAGUAGAAUUGGUGGGUGACCAGGAGAAAUUACCACCAAUGAAAGGCGGAGGUCCAUUAAAAGGAGGUACAUUAGGAGAACUAUUGGCAGCGCAAGUUCCACUAAACAAAAGGAAUCCAGUCAAUUAUUCACCAGACAAAAGGAAUCCAGUCAAUGGAGGUAAUCGAGACACAAUGACGGCCAAAGAAGACGAGAUCGUGGUGGUCUGGGGUGGUUGACUGGUGUCGAGGACAACGACAAUAGAAGUAGUCGGUGAAGAAGAUGUUGCGUGGGAAAUACGAAGAAAAUAGGGUUAGGGUUUUUGGAGAAAAAAAUAACUGGCCUUGAUACCAUGUGAAG